UCCUCCCUCCAACGCCAUGCAUCAAACACUUGUGCAAAACCUUCUCUCGUAAAGCAUUCCUUUCCAAGCAAAGCACAUUAACCUCAGCCUUUCUUCUUUUACUCAUAAACAUGACAAAACAGCUUCUCAUCUCUCUUCCGGUCCUUCUUGUCUUCCUCUACCUCUGCACCACAACUUUUGCCCAGUCUCCUGCUGAAGCCCCAUCUCGUCAUCAAUCUGCAGGCAAAGCUCAUGCCCCUGCAGCGCAAGCACCAGCUCAACCAGUGGCUCAAUCUCCUGCUGAAGUUCCUCUAGUUCAAGCUCCGCCACGCAAGGCCCCUAUUGGCCCCACAAAUGUCACCAAAAUCCUUGAGAAAGCAGGCGUCUUCAGUGUUUUUAUCAGAAUCUUGAAGAACACCCAAGUAAUCAACCAGAUUGAAUCACAACUCAACAACUCAAACAACGCCUUAACCAUCUUUGCGCCCACCAAUGAUGCAUUUUCGGGUCUCAAAGCGGGCCUUCUCAAUUCCCUUUCUACCGAACAAAAGGUUCAGCUCCUACAAUACCAUUUACUUCCAUCUUUCGUACCAAUCUCAAGUUUCCAAACCAUAAGCAACCCGGUUCGCACACAAGCCAGCGAUACUUAUGAAUACCCCCUCAACAUCACCACCACCGGCAGUAUAGUCAACAUAUCCACCGGUAUUGUGAAUACCACCAUUUCUGGCACUGUGUACUCCGACAACCAGCUGGCUAUUUAUAAGGUCGACAGGGUGCUUCUUCCUCUUGGUAUUUUUGCUCCCAGGGCAAAGCCACUGGCACCCGCACCCGCACCUGGAGUCAAGAAGCCUAAGAAGGAGGAGUCUUCGUCGUCGUCGUCGUCAUCAUCAUCAUCAUCAUCAUUAUCGGACAGCCCGCUUGCCUCUGAGUCCGUGAAUGCAUCCAGUGGAGUUAGUCUCACUGCAAAUGCCAUGGCGUCCAUCGGAGGAGCUGUGCUUGCAGCAGUUUUUUUGUGGGGUCAGAUUGAAUUUGCUUUUGUUUAAUGAUUUUGCCGGUCGUUGUUGGAUGGUACGUACGGUUAAUGAAUGGGUGCUCUGAUUGUUUUAGACUUGGUUUCAUGUUUGCAUAACGAUAUUUUAUGAGAACAUGUAUUUUUUAUUUUUUUUAAUGAAUUGGAUUUUUUUUAUUUU